CUACAUUUAUGUAGAUGUCUUUUUGUUGUGGAGUUCAGUUUAUACGAUUAUUUUUGAAACAAAACAGCAGCCAUGGCGCAUCCAGUGCAGACCAAGGCACAACCUCGCAAAUAUCCAUUCAUCAACAUGCGCAUAGCGGAUCACACAGUGCUGGACACCAUCGAGGGACGUCACAUUUGCAGUGACUGCAAUCGCUCCAGGAAAUUCUUCUGCUACAGUUGCCACAAACCCGUCGGCGAACUGGACAAGAUGCUGCCCCACGUCGAGCUACCGCUCUACAUUGACAUCAUUAAGCACAAGAAGGAGAUCGACGGCAAAAGCACAGCGGUGCAUGCUGCUGUGUUGGCUCCCGAUAAGGUGCGCAUUUUUACAUUUCCCGAUAUACCGGAUUAUGGAGAAGAGGAUGGUGUGGUUCUUAUUUUCCCAAGUGCCACAAGUUUGACAGUGCCGCAACUCUUCGAGCGCAAUGUGCACCUAAAAAUUGAUGACAAUUACGGCCUACCCAAGGGUCACCACAUGGGCACAAUGCUGCGCCGUCGCAUGGACGAAAUUGUUGUUGAUGAUGACAGCAGCUCCUCCGCCUCUUUCAAAUGUUAUACCUAUGACAACUUGCCUAUACGCCGUGCGGUCUUCAUAGACAGCACCUGGAACCAAAGCCGUAGCAUCUAUGCCGAUGCCCGGUUGCGACGUUUACGCACCGUGGUGCUCCAAAAUCGUUUGUCACAGUUCUGGCGUCAUCAGCGCGGUAGUCCACGUUGGUAUCUGGCCACAAUAGAGGCCAUACAUCAGUUCUUACUCGAGGUGCAUGUUAAUGCUUGGGGACUUAAUGGCGCAUAUCGUGGUCUUCAACAACUAGAGAUUACCGAGGGAUUUCAUCAGCUGGCGUCGCCACUCACAACUUUAGAAGUUGAUGAGAAGUGUGUGGAGCGGGAAUCGCCCUACAAUGGACACUAUGACAAUUUGUUGUUCUUUUUUGCCAAUAUGUAUGAUCUCAUACAUAAGUACUAUGAUCACAAUGAUCUGAUAUCAUAUCGUCGUCCGAUUUAA